AUGAAACCAUUUUUCAAUUCUGCCCAAGCACACGAUAGUCAGGCACAUAUGAACGAAGCCAUUGAAAAUUGGAUUAGACGAGAUGACACAAGUUCACUCAUACGACAAUCCAUACCUCUGCAACAAUUAUAUCGAAACUAUACAAUAAAACGACGAGCUAAUCAGUUGGAAACAUCAAAAGCAAAUGAAAAUUAUGAGUUUGUACUUGAUAUUGAUGUGAAAAAAAAGAAUGAACGACCAUUAUUUCAAACACAUGGAAAAACAAUUUAUCUUGCUGAAUGGUUACCAACCAGUUUCGAACGACCAGAUAUAGUUCUAUUAAAAAUCGAUGGUAUUCAGGCAAGAAAAGAAGCAUCAUUCUAUACUCAUCUAAGUCAUCAUCCCAAUAUUGUUCGAACAUUUGGUUUCGUGCUGCAUGGUGAUUGUCAUCACCGUCAGGAUUCCACCAUGUUGUUACAAGAAUACGCUUCAUUAGGCAGUUUAUACGAACUAUUACAAAAGCCAAACAUAACUUUCGAUGAACAAACUCUUAUAGAAAUAUUUUUGCAAAUAAUUGAUGCAAUGAUCUAUUUGUCAAUGAACAAUAUUGUUCAUGGUGACUUAGCAUGCCGAAAUAUACUUGUAUUUCAUUUUGAUUCAACAAAUCCGAAAAAUAUUCUUGUCAAGCUAACUGAUUUUGGUCUUAGUCAACAUAACCAGUAUGAUUCAUUCACAUCAGAUUUUGCACAAUCAACGUCAUAUAUUAUUCCUAUUCGAUAUGCUGCCCCCGAAAUAUUUCUAUCGAAUAAUGCAAUGAAUGCUUAUUCUGAAAAAUCGGAUGUCUAUUCAAUGGGUGUACUCAUGUGGGAAGCAUAUUUUCGAGGUGCAAUACCUUGGUCGAAUAUUUCGGAUGAUCUGGCUGUUAUUCGACAUGUAAUCAACGGCCAUGUUUUAUCUCGACCGUCAAACUGUAGUGAACAAUAUUGGUCAAUUAUUCUCAAAACAUGGUCACGAUUGCCGGACAAUCGACCGGAGUUUGAGCAAUUGAAACAACUUCUCAUCGAACCAGCCAAACUUGAAGAUGAAAAUAUUGGCUCAAAAUUAACCAAAUGGCUAUAA